AUGAUAAAAAGCUUGAAGAAACUUGGCGUCCUUCCCCAGUCAGAGAAAGAUGUCAAAGUUGAUAUGAUUUUGUGCUUCUUUUCCGACAAAAAGAACGUGUUUACUUGCGAGGACAAGCUACCUAAUCCUUCAAACACCUAUAUUGAACAUCUUGAGGCAAUUAGUACUCAGUUUAUUUGCAGAGAGCUUAUUGUACUAGGUGCCAGGGAUGAGAAUAGUGUUGAAUCUCUAAGAUCACCUUGGUCUGAAGAGGCUGUGCUGAGGAAUUACUCCCCAGGCGAGAGUAACACUGAUGAUGAAGAUGACAAAGAUAUCCAGCCAAGCCAGAAGGAAGAAAAGAAGCUUGAGUAA